UAAAUUGUGUGAUUACAAUUGAUCAAAAUAGUGUGUUUGAGUGCAAUUACAUUUAGAACGUAUUUCAUAAUGGAUCAUCCACUUUCUAUGAAGCUAGCAUCUCUCAACCUAAUAUCUCAAAAAAAAUUGGAGAGUAUUCUUGCUUUGUGUGGAGAAAAGUUUGAUUUAAUUAUUGAUCCAGCUCUUAUUAAACCUCUAGAGAGAAUCUGCGGAGUAAAUUGGUUGAAACAACAUGGCAUUGAUAAGAUUUAUAAAAUGGAUCCGCAGUUGGGACCUACAGCAAACCUAAACAAACUGUACUUCAUACCGGCCAGCAUCCUAAAGUACAAAUGUGUUUUAGACCACAUUUCCUCUCUCAUAAGCCAAAAUGCAUCUCUCUCCGAUGGGAACUAUUUCAACAUUAUAAUUGUUCCAAAAGUUGUGGCAUCGUAUGAUCUGAUGUUGGAGAAUAAAGGUUUGUAUGGAAUUGUAAAGCUUCACUCCUUCACAUGGGAAUUUAUGAACCUGGAUGAGAGGAUUUUGAGUUUGGAACUCCCAUUUUUAUUCAAGCAACUUUUUACUGAACAGAACCAGUCCUUGCUAUCGAGCAUAUCAAUGUCAUUAUGGAGUUUGUUUCAUGUGGUAGGCCGGCCAAAAUGCAUUCUGUCAGUAGGUAAAAUGUCCAGUAGCAUACUGGAUUUACUAGAGAUUUAUAAUGAGAGUUAUGAUAGAGAUUUCAUCACGGAGAAUGCACAAGAUAUUGGAGCAAUGGUGGUCAUAGACAGAGACCAAGAUUAUGCUUCCGGACUGCUAACUCCGGCUACAUACAGCGGUCUACUGAGCGAAAUCUUCGAUAUAACCUGUGGGUACCUAGAUCUAAACGUCAAGGAGACAAUGUAUAAGAAAGGCAAGCUCAACUUAAUACCUCAAGAGGAAUGUCCAACAAAAAACACUUUAAUGACUUUAGACAGCUCCUUAGAUAACUUAUAUGGUGAAAUAAAACAUAGGCAUUUCUCUGAAGUGUUGAGUGUGUUGAGUUCAAAAGCUAAACUGUUGAAGAAUGAGGACAUUAAGGCCUUGGGUAUACAGGAGAUGAAACACUUUGUGGCAACUAAAUUGCAGCAGGUAACACUGUUCAAACAGAAUCUAGUCAAUCACGUCCUAGCCUCCGAAACAAUUAUAUCGGAGAUGAACAAUAAAUUUGAGAACCUCACACUUACUGAGAGUGACAUGUUAAACAAUAGAAACAAGAAGUCAAAUUUUGCCUAUGUUGAUGAAAAUUUUGGCACAGACAUCCACAUUUACAACAGCCUAAGAUUAAUGUGUUUAUUAAGUCUUACACAGGGUCUGUCAUAUGACGAAUACAAUACGCUAGUCAGCAAAUAUUUAGUGGCGUUCGGAUACAAGUUUUUGUAUGUAUUUAAUAACUUAGUCAGCGCUGGCUUGUUGAUUCAGCCUUCCAGCCCCAAGCUGUCUUUAUCGAAUCUCGGUAACUUAACUUCGCAGUUGCCAAAAUGGCAGAACAGUUUUCAGUCAGUUGCAAACAAGUUAAAGCAGUUAUCGACACAAUCUGACGAUGGGAAGUCGCCAAAUUACGUGUUUAACGGCGGGUACACUCCUCUAGUCGCAAUACUGUGCAAUGCGUUGCUAACUUCGGACAAUCUGAUCGAAGUCCUCGGUAAACUCUCAGCACUGAACGAUUUGAAAGUCGGCGGGAAGGUCAUAGAUAAAUACAAAGUAGGUUUGGAGACUUUGAAUGAGAAAUUAUCGAAUUUAAACCUACAGAGCUUGGAAUUCGGUUACAAAGACGCUAGGACAUUGUUGAAGCAACUGAAAGAAAGUAAACAAAAUGAUUUUGUGUUGAAGCCUAGAACGAUAUUAGUGUAUGUUGUUGGCGGGGUCACUUAUGCAGAAAUCGCCGCUUGUAGUGUCAUAGAGACAGUUACUGCGAGCAAAAUAUACAUGGCUAGUGAUUGUGUUCUAAAUGGAAGCAAUUUGAUUGCUGCAAACAUGUUUUAAAUAUUCCAUAUAAUAU